CACCAGGAAGCAGGACGUCGGAUUAGAGCGUGGACGCGUUACGUACGGACGGGCUGGGUCUGUUAUUCCGACACAGAAAUAUUUAUCUGGAGCGACUAAAGCAACAAACACUGACGACCCCAGCCUCAUUGACUGACCGUGUUGCCGAACAGUGUGUCAGGAUGUCGUACAUGAGAGCAGACAGCAGUCGGUCCCAGCCUCGGGACUUCAGCACCCUCAUCCAGACCUGUAGCUCCAACAUCCAGAAGAUCAGCCAGAACACCGGUCAAAUCAAAAAUCUCCUCUACCAACUGGGAACAGGACAGGAAAGCGCCGAACCCCAGGAGAGGCUCCAACAGCUCCAGCAUUACACCAACCAGCUGGCCAAAGAAACCAACAGACACCUGAAGGAGCUGGGAUCACUGCCUCCACCACUGUCGCCGUCAGAGCAGAGACAACAGAAGCUGCAGAAGGAGCGUUUGAUGAAUGACUUCUCCGCGGCCCUCAAUAACUUUCAGGUGGUUCAACGGCGAGCGGCGGAAAAAGAGAAGGAGUCUGUGGCCAGAGCUCGAGCUGGAUCCAGGAUCAUGGGAGAUGGAGGAAACAUAAAUGACCAGCUGGUGACGUUUGAAAAAGAAGAUGACUGGGGUCAGAGCCAGACUCAGAUGGAGGAACCUGGCAUCACCGAGGAAGACCUGGAGAUCAUCAAGGAGAGAGAAACUAACAUCAAGCAGCUGGAGGCGGACAUUAUGGAUGUGAACCAGAUCUUCAAGGACCUUGCCGUCAUGAUCCACGACCAGGGCGAGAUGAUAGACAGUAUCGAGGCCAACGUGGAGAGCGCUGAGGUCCAUGUAGACAGAGGAGCAGCUCAGCUCCAGAAAGCGGCUUAUUAUCAGAGGAAGUCCCGUAAGCGGAUGUGCAUGUUGGCCAUGGUGCUGUCGCUGGUGCUCAUCAUCCUGAUCAUCAUCAUCUGGCAGGCGAUCAAAUGAGAAGACCAGCAGAGAUCAGAGAAACCUUCAACCGACUUCCAAAGUGUGUGUAUGUGUGUGUAUCUGUCACAGAGUGUGGCUUUAUUUAUGUACGUGGGAUGAAUGAACGAGGCUUUGACGAGAAGGUUUUUAAGGCCGACAGCGACAUGUUAGGACAAAAAUGUUUCUACCCUUUGUACAGUUUUUGUUUAUUCAAGUCACCAAAUGAAGUGUUCAGUGUCUCAUUAUCGUCUGAGACAUUAAAGACCAUAUAUAACCACUACUACUGGUACUAAAAGAUCAAAUACGAGUGAAAAUAAUAAGCAGAUGGAGACAACGCAGCCUCAGAUGUACAGAAUAAAUGUCAUGUCAUAGUUUAGAACUGGAGGAAAAAAAAAACUGAAAAUCUUUGACAAAGCGAGUUUUGCAAGAUUGCGUUAUGUUGUGAUAAGCUGGAAAAA